AUGCGCAGCAACUCGCCAAAUCCCCCGGGGGAGUCUGGCUUGCCAGACCUACAUCCUCCCCGGGACCCGUCUACGAAUUCUUCUGACCUUAGUGCUCCUCCUUCUUCGGAGAACGGCCAUACAACGACACCGGACCGGGAGCUGGAGGAGGAGGGUGAGGAUGGAGAGGACGAGGAGGGAGGUAGCAGCUCAAACGCGGAUAUAAAGAAACCUUCUUACAAGAAACGGAAGCUCGAUGAUUCUCCGCCGUGGAGGAGCGCAACGACUCAGACCCCCACUUCGUUUUUGGACGAGACUGGUAGAAGGAAAUCUGGUCGGACAAACCCAAUCCCGCUGGAAUUUUUGCCUGGACUAGUAAACAAAAUCGGUGAUGUUACGCGUUCGACUAGGUCCUCGAGAAGACAAUCGCAGCAGCCCAAGAAAGAUGUAACAUUUACUCCAGCUCCAGGUGCCUCUUCUUCCCGUUCAGGGACUUCACGCGCGCGUCCUACAUCAACAGGUAAACAACCGGGUACUAAUGGCAAACAUCACCCAACAACACCGACUCCUUCAAAGUCUUCAAGCCGGGCAUCGAAAUCAACACCAACAAAAAAACCUCCAGCCCCAAGAGAAGUAUCAACCAAAAAGACCUCCUCGAAAAGAGGUCUUGCUCAAAAACCAAUUACUACUCCAAAACCAAAACCGAGUCCAGUUCAGGGCACCCGCAAAAGUGCACGAACAGCUUCUAGAACAAUUGAUGAACCUUCAAAAUCCGAAAAUCUCUCUGCCGCAAAACUCAAUGGCUUCUCCGAGUUCAAUUUUGAAUCUGAUGUUGAGUUUGAAGUUCAACCAGAUUUCAAACCUCCAAAAAUCAAAUUAAAAUUUGGAAAGCCAAAACCAGUAAUUACCCAUCCGUUGCACAUUCCGGCUACGAAAGAAUUCCCUACCUUCGACGACUUUAUCAACCAAGAUGACAUUUCAAACAACCCUGAAGCUUUGGCUGCUGCUGAAGAAGAAGCCAGAGAGGAGGCUAUGAUCCGAAAUAAGAUUGAAGAAAGUGUGAAGAGUGGAUUAUUGACGGUUGAAAAUUGUUCAUUGAAUCUGCCCGAAAAACAACCGGAGCUACCGCAACAGUAUGCUCAUUACGACCACCUAGUCGCACAUGCGUUGCACUUUCAGAGAUUACUGAUCAGGGAACGGAAAGAUCAUGUGGAAAUUAUGAAGAAGCGGAAUGCAAUGGUUAUGGCAGAAAUAAAGAGGAAGAGGCCCUUGACAAGAGAGGAAAUCGAGCAGGAGCAGUGGAUUGAGAAUCGGAAAGGGUACAAGGAACAAAUUGGGCAGUUACGAAGGAAGUGGGAAGAAGUGCUGAAGGAAGUCGAACGCCGAAGACGUGUCCGGGCGGAAGAGGAACAACGGCUAGCCGGAAAGGAGCAUCUCAACCAAAUGCUUGAGCACUCAACACAACUACUUGAAGCCCGCCGAGGAGACAGACAAACUUCUAUAGCCACCCAAUCAGGAGGCGAGUCGGAGCUAGGCGAGGAAGAUAAAGAAGAAUUCGGAGAGGAUGAUGAAGAUGAUGACGAAGGAGAGGGUGAUAAUGUGUCUGAGAACCAAGAGAUGGAAUUGGCGGAUGAGGAUAACAUGUCUACCAGUGAUUCUGAAGAGGACGACGGUGGAGAUGAUGACGAGAAUCUCACUGUUGAAGAACUGAAAGCUAAAUACGCUGGCGUAACUGAGAAAUCCACAUCUAGGCCUACUACUGGCGGGAAAGGGCUCAUUAGUCUCUUCCCGGAACUCAGUGGAGAGUCGCCUGCAGAUGAUGAAGACGAAGCAUUGACAACUGAUACACCAGGAGCUAACCUUGAAGGUCCGGAUAAUGAUGAUCCUUCCGACGAGGAAAUGCAAGAUAUAUCGGCGGGUCAUACUCUUGAAAAGAAUCGGGAUGAAAGCUCAGUUACUUUGCCUGAAUUAGAAGAGGUUGACCAAAUCCUAAUGGACGGCAGCGAUGAGUCAACUACUAUGGAUUCAGAAGAAGAAUUCGACGAAGAAGAUGACGAUGAUGAAACUGACGAUGAUGAUUCUGAUGAAGAAUUUGGAACAGGGUUUGGUGGCUUGAUGGGCCUUUAUGGUGAUCUAGUGGCCAAGCCGCAAGGAGAAUCUGAAGAUGUGAUGAUGGAAGAUGAGAUUACAGAGGACAUUGUUACGCAGCCGUCAAUAUCCCAAGGUCUUUCCAGUUCUAACGCCCACCCUGAGGUAAAAGCUACAUUUAUUGAGAAAGUACCAAUGGACGACGCUAUGAUUGAUGAUAAUGAAAUUGAAGAGAUCACGCGUGAGGAUCUGUCCAAUGGUCACCUAGAUACCAUGGACGCAGAGACUGCGACUUCUAUCUCCCAGGCAGACCCAAAAGAAAUUGCUCGCCCAUCAUCGCUCACAUCGCCCGAGGCAUCGCCCCAGCCAAAUCUGGAUAUCAGAACACCUAUUCCAUUUCUCCUCCGUGGAACUCUACGUGAAUAUCAACAUUAUGGAUUGGAUUGGCUUGCAGGGUUGUAUUCAAAUAAAACGAAUGGUAUAUUGGCAGAUGAAAUGGGUCUUGGUAAAACUAUUCAAACAAUCGCACUCCUAGCCCAUCUCGCAUGCGAAAAAGAAGUUUGGGGUCCCCAUCUCAUUGUUGUCCCGACAUCUGUCAUGCUCAACUGGGAGAUGGAGUUCAAGAAAUGGGCCCCCGGCUUCAAAAUCCUUACAUAUUAUGGAAGUCGUGAGCAGAGAUUAGAAAAACGCAAGGGGUGGUACGAUGAUAACCUAUGGCAUGUUUGCAUCACGUCUUACCAGCUCGUUCUUCAGGAUCAGGUCACAUUCAAACGUCGGAAUUGGCACUAUUUGAUCCUGGAUGAAGCUCAUAAUAUUAAGAAUUUCAGGUCCCAGCGGUGGCAGACACUGUUGAAUUUCAAGGCCGAGGCCAGGCUACUUAUCACUGGAACACCGUUGCAAAACAAUCUUAUUGAGCUGUGGUCGCUUCUAUACUUCUUGAUGCCUUCUGGGGCCUCGAGUGCUAUGCCUGCCGGGUUUGCAAACUUAAAGGAAUUUCAGGAGUGGUUCGCACAUCCAGUUGAUCAGCUUAUUGAAGGUGGGAGGGAGGGAAUGGAUGAUGAGGCGAAACGCACGGUUACGAAAUUGCACAGGGUUCUUCGGCCGUAUCUACUGCGAAGGUUGAAGGCAGAUGUAGAGAAGCAGAUGCCGGCGAAGUACGAGCAUAUUGUAUAUUGCCGGUUAUCUAAACGACAAAGAUUUCUCUACGAGGAAUUCAUGUCAAUGGCACAGACCCGGGAAACUUUGGUGUCUGGGAAUUACCUUUCCAUCAUCAAUUGUUUGAUGCAGCUUCGCAAGGUUUGUAAUCAUCCGGAUUUGUUCGAGACUCGACAGAUUGUCACCUCGUUUGCGAUGAAGAGGAGUGUGGUCGCGGACUACGAAACCAAGGAGUUACUCUUUUGUGGACUAGUUCCUGCAAGGAACAACGGUCUUACAACCCAGAAUACUAGCAGGAUUCAAGCGCUCUCAGCGACGAACCUCUUGGAGAAGUAUUAUGCGGAUAAAGCUACCUUGAUUACGCCGGUUGAACAGGAUCUGUCGACCGUGAAGGGAAACAAUGCAUAUAUGGAGUAUCAAAAAGAGAUGUCGCAUCUUGAGAGACUCAAAUCUUGCUUAAGACUCAAUCGCAUUCGAACGCAAUACCGGCCUCUCUAUGCACGCAACCUUGUCGAAGCGUGCUCAGAAGACAUAUCAAUAGGUCCUAUUCGACGUCAACCUAAGAGACGAGAACAGACCACAGAGUGGUUUUUGAAUCAUUCCGAGACUGUUCGUUCCAUGAUUCCUACAAUCGAAGAACGUACAGAGUCGCUGAGCACAAUUAUCGAUAAAUUCGGCUGUGUUACCCCACAUGUCGUUUCGGUGGAUAUGGCGCCGAUAGCGUUGACGCCUAAGGGUGUUGAGGUUGUUCUGAGGGCUCAGGCUGAGGAUCUGUUUCCUUCAGAUCCGUUUCAUAAUUCGCGUAUUCGACAGUCAAUCGCGUUCCCCGAUAAGCGGCUGCUGCAGUACGAUUGUGGUAAGCUACAGAGGCUGGACGGGCUACUACGGGAGCUGCAGGCUGGGGGCCAUCGUGCCUUAAUCUUUACACAAAUGACGAAGGUACUGGAUAUCUUGGAACAGUUUUUGAAUAUUCAUGGUCACCGCUAUCUACGUCUUGAUGGCGCAACAAAGGUAGAACAGCGGCAGAUCUUGACAGACCGCUUCAAUAAUGACCCAAGAAUUCUUGUAUUCAUUCUGUCUACUCGUUCCGGUGGAUUGGGGAUCAACUUGACUGGCGCGGAUACUGUAAUCUUUUACGAUCUUGACUGGAAUCCUGCCAUGGACAAGCAGUGCCAAGAUCGUUGUCAUCGUAUCGGUCAAACCCGCGAUGUCCAUAUCUACAGAUUUGUGUCCGAAUACACAAUCGAAUCUAACAUUCUUCGUAAGUCCAAUCAGAAGCGAAUGUUAGACGACGUCGUCAUCCAAGAGGGUGACUUCACGACCGAUUACUUCAACAAACUCUCAAUCCGCGACAUGCUUGGUGAUGAUGUCAUUAAAGAGCUCAAUGAUGAAACCGCCGAUGCACCUGUGGCUGCAGCAGGAGUCAAUAUGGAGAAAGCCCUUGAAGCGGCUGAGGAUGUUGAAGAUGCAGCUGCUGCAAAGGUUGCGCAGAGGGAGGUUGUUGAUGCUGAUGGGGCUGACUUCGCGGAGAGGCAAACGCCGUCUCAGACACCCAAGGAUACAAAUUCCCCGGCGACGACAGUUAUGGUGCCUAAAAUCAAGGAGAGGACAAAGGAAAAUGCAGGAGAGAAGGAUAUACUCGCCGAGGAACCGCCAACGGAUGAACUGUCGGUUCCUGCUAUGACCCCAGUUGAGUCUGAAGUAGUCGUCGGCGAGGAUUUGAAUAAGGGUCUUGGACACGAUAUCUAUGGUGAAGACUGGGGUAGGGUAGACCGAGAACCGGAAGAAGUUGACGAAUACAUGAUCCGGUACCUAGAAUGGGAAUUAAUCGAUGUGCCGGUUGUGCUUCCAGACAAGAGUAAAAAGAAGAAAAACAAGAAGGGAAAGAAAUUUUAG